UACCUUUUGGUAUGGAAACAACUGCGUUAACGAAACCACGGAAUGUUACUCACACUUUAUACAAAUUACACGACUGGCUAAGAAAAGGGUUGAUUGAUGUUAACCCUGAAUUCCAGCGAGAUGUAAAACAAUCCCACUUAAUUGAUUCGAUCCUUAAUAAUUUUUACAUUCCUCCCGUGAUUUUCUCAUGCAAGAAAGUGGAUGGUACUAAUAAAUGGAAACGUGUUUGUAUUGAUGGAAAACAGAGAUUGACAUCGAUUUCGAGAUUUAUGAAUAAUGAAAUUCCUCAUCAUUCGCCUGGAGGACAUAGCGCAAAGCGAUAUUAUGAUAAGGUUGAAGGAUCAAGUCACCCUGCGUUAUCUGAUGAGGAAAAGGAACUAUUCGAAUGUUUUGAGAUCGUUUGUGUUGAAUAUUAUGAUCUCUCGUUGUCUCAAGAACAAGAAAUAUUCAGUCGUGUUCAACUUGGUGUGCCACUAACUGCAGCAGACCUUUAUAAAAAUUACCCAUCAAUAUCAAAAGUUAUUGAUACUACCAGAGGCAAACCACUUCAAUUGAUUUCUCAAACACUACACAUGAUCGAACAAGAAUCUGAGAAAUUUAAAGCAUCAAUUGUAUCUAUUCAAAAAUAUUUACAAAACGGUCGAGAGGUGCCAUUUGGACUUGCACAAUCAGUUAAAAAAGUUUUUGAAACUUUAGUAACCUUGAUCGAGAUUGAUGUACAAAUGUUUCAUCAAAAUAACAAAUUUUCUCCUAUUGAAUUCGUAUUCUUUUGUUGGAUCAUAGCAAAAUUCCCAGAUGUUGGGGUGAUUGUAUAUAAAGAUUAUUUAAAACGGAUGAAAGAAUAUGUUAGGAGAUAUCAUGUAGACAUUAGAUUUAAUCAAAAUGUUUAUGCGACUUUAAGAAGAUUUGUUUCAGAGUUAGAGCAGGAACAGUUUAUGUCAGAAAUGAAUUUUUAUGGUAGUUACGAUGCUAAUUAUGAUUCUAAUGAACCAUCAAGAAAGAGAAUUAAAGCCGAAGAACAUUUUGAAUGGUUAAAAAAUCGAUGUAAUAAAUGUAUUAAUAAAGUUACUAGAAGUAUUCAUAAUAUUGUUAAUAAAAAUGAUCUAAAUGACUUUUCAGAGCAAGAUUAUUUUAAUGUAUAUAUUGAAGAAGAUGGAGUUAUGGAAAUUGAUUAUAUGAUUCCGCGUGAUAUCCAAACUUCGGAUCUACGUGAAAAUUUAGAUCGUAUAGAUCAAAAAACAUUUCCUUUAGAUCAAAGUUACUCUUCUCCUCAUACGGCAGAGGACGCGCCAAAUUUGGCGGUACGUGAUAAUGAUGAUGAAAAUGGACAUGGGACACAUAUUGCAGCGAUAGUUGCUGGUAAAACUUUUGGUGUUGCAAAGAAAGCAACGGUUAUUUCUAUUAAAGCUUUCAACUCUUCUGGUAGGGGUAAUUAUUCUGAUAUUAUUAGGGGAUUAUCAUUUAUUCUAAAUGAGCAUAAAAAAUCGAAAAAUAAAAAAACUGUAGUCAACCUCACAGAUCAUGGAAUCCAUGUAGUUGUGUCAGCAGGAAACGGAGAUGGUGGUGAUGCGUGCGAUAGAUCACCAGCAUCUGUGAAAACAGCAAUCACGGUUGGUGCUACAGAAGAUAAAUCAGAUUUGGUUGCAAGUUUCUCCAACCUUGGAAAAUGCAUUAAUAUUUUUGCACCAGGCAGAAACGUUAAGUCAGCAAGCAUUUUCUCUAAUAACGAAAGUAUGAUAUUAUCUGGAACAUCCCAAGCAACACCACACGUUGCAGGGGUGGUUGCCCUUCUUAUUGCCAAAGAUGGUAACAAAAGUCCGGCAGAUAUGGUUAAAUCAUUGAUUAAAUUGUCAACCAAAAAUAUAUUAAGAUUCCCUAAAGAAAUUACAGUUAAGGGUAGCCCCAAUAAUUUUCUGCGCGUACCGACACCAUAA